UAAACUGAGUCCCUCUUCACACAGCUUAAUGAUAGUAGCUAUUCAAAGCGUGCUUCGUCUUCUGCAUUAGAACGCAUGCACCCUUUCAACACUGGACUUCCUGAUCUUGGUUUUCACAGUAUGAUGGUUAGCUUUUUUUCUUUCUGAAUGUUUGCCCAGGUUUUUAGAAAUUAAAUGGUUUGUCGGAGCGUAGCCCUUAUGGCAGGACCACAGAUAAAUGUCUUCUGAGUGAAAGAAGUUGGUUGUGCCAGAUUAAACGAGGCAAGAUGGGGUUUGGUGAAGCGCUGCGGUGUCCCCAGGCCCAUGGGGCCGUGCUGCGCCUGCAGGACUCCGAGAUGAGGCUCAUGGAGACCAUGAGGAAGUGGAUGACCCAGAGGGCCAAGAGCGACAGGGAGUUUGCCCUUCAGCUGCACCAGAUGUCCGCUAUGGUGGAGAAGGUGGAGGGGUCACAGCCUGGCGGUGGGCUGGACUACAUCAGCCAGCUCAACAAGUCCUGGAACGCCAUGGUGAGCCAGACGGAGAACCUGAACCGGAUCCUGAGGAAGCACUCGGAUGACCUGAUGGUGGGGCCCCUCAGUAAGCUCACCCUGCUCAUCCGUGACAAACAGCAGCUACGCAAGACCUACGGGGACCAGUGGAGCCUCCUGAAUCAGGAGCUGAGCCGGGUGACACAGGUAGAGCUGGAGAAGAUGAAGGCUAGCUACCGACAUCUGGCGCGGGACGCGGGCCAGGCCAAGAGGAAGUACCAGGAGGCCAGCAAAGAUAAGGAUCGUGAGAAAGCGAAGGAGAGGUACAUUAAGGCCACUCUGAAGCUGCACGAGCAGCACAACGAGUACGUCCUGUCUGUAAUGGCUGCGCAGCUGCAUCACCAGCACCACUACAGCCAGGCCCAGCCCGCCCUGAUGAACGCUGCGCAGACGCUACAGGAGGAGAUGGUCCUCGUGUUGAAGGAGAUCUUGCAGGAAUACUUUGACCUUUCCAGCCUGGUUCAGGAGGAAGUGGUUUCUGUGCACCGCAAGAUGGCCGAUGCGAUCAAAGCCAUUGAGCCACACAGGGAGUACGAGAGCUUCAUCCAACAAAACAGGUCCGUGGCUGAGGUGCCUCCCUGCGUGGAGUUUGACAGCAGCCUGCUGGACGAGGUGGAGCGGCUGAAGGCUGGAGAUCUGGAGCUGAACGAACUGACACUGGAGAGCCUCCAGCACCGGCUAACUGCUCUGGAGGAAGAGCUCAUGACCCUGGCUGGAACACUGGGCAUCCAGCAGGCCUCCAUAAACCAGCUGGAACUGGACCUAGAGGCCGAGGACAAUGCUCCUAACAUGGGCCAGAGGGUGUACCAGUUCAGCAAGCGCAGCGCCCUGGAGGACAGCCGCCAGCAGCUGGUGGUGUCCAUGGGGGCCCGCGCCCGCCUCGAGGCCCAGAGGGUCGCCAUCGCCGAGAAGCUGCAGUCGCUCGGAUCCCGGGACCCCCCUCCCGUGUGCCUGGAUGACGACCGCGUGUCCGUCAGCUCCAUCACCGAAAGAGAGAAGGACAACUGCAAACUUCCCAACUUGGACACGAUCAUGAGUCAGCUCAGCGGCAUGCUGAAGCAGAAGUACACGGUGCCCCCUGCUGUGCCGCUGGUGCCCGAGUAUCAGAAGCCCCUGAGUGAGCAGGGCUGGUACCACGGCGCCAUCCCGCGGGUGGAGGUGCAGGAGCUGCUGAAGCAGGACGGGGACUACCUGGUGCGGGAGAGCCAGGGCAAGCAGGAGUACGUGCUGUCCGUCCACUGGGGCGGCCAGUGGCGCCAUUUCAUCAUCCAGAGCAGCAACAACCUCUAUCGUCUGGAUGGAGAGGGGUUCUCCACCGUUCCUCUGCUCUUGAACCACCUGGUUGCCAGCCACCAGCACGUCACUAAAAAGAGUGACGUCAUCUUAAAAAGACCCAUCCUGAAGGACAAGUGGGUCCUGGAACAUGAUGAUGUCAUCCUUGGGGAGCAUAUUGGUCGGGGGAAUUUCGGGGAGGUGUACAGUGGCCGGCUGCGCUCUGACAACACGCCUGUGGCGGUGAAGUCCUGCCGUGAAAGUCUGCCCCCCGAGCUGAAGAACAAGUUUCUAAUGGAGGCCAGGAUCCUGAAGCAUUAUGAUCAUCCCAACAUUGUGAAGCUGAUUGGAGUGUGCACUCAGAAACAGCCCAUCUAUAUUGUCAUGGAGCUCGUGCAGGGAGGGGACUUUCUGUCCUACCUACGGGGCGAGGGCCACAACCUUAAAACCAAUAUGCUGCUGAAAAUGGCUGAAAACGUUGCAUCUGGAAUGGAGUACCUGGCGAGCAAGAAGUGUAUCCACCGGGACCUGGCUGCACGGAACUGCCUGGUGGCAGAGGGCAACGUGGUGAAGAUCAGCGACUUCGGGAUGUCCCGCGAGGAACAGGACGGCGUGUACUCCGCCACGGGGGGCAUGAAGCAGAUCCCGGUCAAGUGGACCGCACCCGAGGCGCUCAAUUAUGGGCGCUACAGCACAGAGAGCGACGUGUGGAGCUUCGGGGUUCUGCUGUGGGAGACCUUCUCUCGGGGCACCAGCCCCUACGCCACCAUGAGCAACCAGCAGACGCGGGAUGAAGUGGAGAGGGGAUACCGAAUGCUGGCUCCAGACGGCUGUCCGUCAGAGGUGUACGCCUUGAUAUGUCGAUGCUGGCAGUACGACCCCAGGAAGCGGCCUUCCUUCCCCACGCUGAAGAGGGAGCUGGGCGCCCUGCACUGCAAGCUCCGAUGAGCGCUGUGUCAACACGGCCUCCUCACAGCAGCGUCUGCACGCACUCUCAGGUUCAUUCAAGGAUCAGCACUUACGCAACAAAGUGUUUGGCAGCAUUAAGCAGCUUGUGCUGCUCCCAUACAAUGAGCAUCCAUCGUGAGCUGGCCAAGGCAUCACAUGCUGUGUCUCUGCCAAUUAAAACUGAGUUUAUGGAUUCUGUAUAAGGUAGAAUUGUAUGCAGGUUAUUUGAAACCAUAUACAUUAGUUAUUUUGGAAAGUUAUUUUGGGAAACCUGCUGGUGUAUUAUAUUUUUUUUCCCAAAUGAACAGCUUAUAUGCUAUACUUCAAAAAUGCGCUGUACCACCAGAGCAAAUAAUCAGGCCUAUUGUACAGCUGUAAUUAAUAGUGUUUUAAAUAAAUUUGCCAAUAAUUUAUGGGUUAAUGUGUUUCAAUAAAAGGGGGUGUGUUUUUAAA